AUGGCGGCGCCCAUCUUGCGGUGCUUUUCCCGUGGCCAGGGGCUUGGUACCCCAGGCCUGUCAGGAGUCUUACCCCUGGGGCUGCGUGAGGCCCACUCGGGCGCUCAGGGGUUGCUGGCGAUGCAGAAGGCUCGGGGUCUGUUCAAGGAGUUCUUCCCUGAGAGGGGUACGAAGACAGAGCUCCCAGAGCUCUUCGACCGUGGCACGGCGGGCAAUUUUCCCCAGACCAUCUACUGCGGCUUCGACCCCACGGCCGACUCGCUUCAUGUGGGGCAUCUGCUGGCGCUGUUGGGCCUGUUUCACUUCCAGCGAGCGGGCCACAACGUGAUCGCCCUGGUGGGAGGCGCCACGGCGCGCCUGGGAGACCCAAGCGGCCGUACCAAGGAGCGGGAGGCGCUGGAAGCAGAGCGCGUGCAAAGCAACGCGCGCGCCCUGCGCCAAGGGCUCAAAGCCCUGGCGGCUAAUCACCAGCAGCUCUUCGCUAAUGGGCGGACCUGGGGCAACUUCACCGUGCUGGACAACUCGGCGUGGUACCAGAAGCAGGACCUGGUGGACUUCCUAGCGGCAGUGGGCGGCCAUUUCCGCAUGGGCACGCUGCUAAGCCGGCUGAGCGUGCAGUCUCGGCUCAAGAGCCCCGAAGGCAUGAGUUUGGCAGAGUUUCUAUACCAGGUGCUCCAGGCCUAUGAUUUCUACUACCUGUUCCAGCAUUAUAGAUGCCGGGUCCAGCUGGGUGGAUCUGAUCAGCUGGGCAAUAUCAUGUCCGGAUACGAGUUCAUCCGCAAGUUGACUGGAGAAGAUGUAUUUGGAAUCUCUGUUCCUCUAAUUACAAGUACAACUGGAGCGAAACUGGGAAAGUCUGCUGGCAAUGCUGUGUGGCUAAACAGAGAUAAGACAUCUCCUUUUGAAUUGUAUCAAUUUUUUGUCAGGCAGCAAGAUGAUUUGGUAGAAAGGUACCUGAAGCUCUUCACUUUUCUACCCCUUCCAGAGAUUGACCACAUAAUGCAGCUGCAUGUCAAAGAGCCAGAAAAGCGGGCUCCUCAGAAACGACUUGCUACAGAAGUAACAAAGCUUGUUCACGGACAAGAAGGGCUGGACUCUGCUAAAAGGUGUACACAAGCCCUUUAUCAUAGCAGCAUAGAGGCACUGGAGGUCAUGUCUGAUCAAGAGUUAAAAGAAUUGUUUAAAGAAGCUUCAUUUUCUGAAUUAGUUCUUGACCCUGGAACAAGUGUCCUAGAUACGUGCCGCAAAGCAAAUGCCAUUCCAGGUGGUCCCCGAGGGUAUCGGAUGAUAACAGAAGGUGGAGUCAGUAUAAAUCACAGACAAGUAACAAAUCCUGAGAGUGUUUUAGUUGUUGGACAACAUAUUCUUAAGAAUGGACUUUCGUUACUUAAAAUAGGAAAAAGGAACUUCUACAUUAUAAAAUGGCUUCAGCUAUGAUGAAAACUCCUUCCAGUGGUUCAAACUUAUCCAUCAUUCAUUCUCAAGAUGUACGAAUUUAUACCUUCACUUAUGCAACUCAAAGACAAAGAAUGCAGUGUACUCUAGGCCUCACAGUGUGAGUAAUUUCAUUAUUUAUAUAGGUUGGUUAAGUUUGUGUAAU